AUGAACAAGUUGCUGAUUUUGGGACUUCUCGCCACGUCGGCGAUGGCGAUACCCGCGCCGGGCCCUGACAACAAGUCUCUGAACACCGAACUCGAUUGCCUCGAGGAAGACAACGCGUUGUUCAGCUGCAUCUUCGUGAAGACCAUUGGCACGCUGAACAGAGCUGCCAGGUCGAGCGACAUCGAGAUCAUCGAUGGUGUAAAAUUCAUAAGGGAAACACCGAUGGAACGUAGCGGGAAAGACUUGAAAACGGAAGUGGAGGUAAUGAACGAGCUGCCGAGAGACACGACCGAGCGAGCCAUGAAAUUGAUCGGGAUGCUGUACGAAUCGGCCAUGUCCUUCGUCAAGUCGCACAGCUUGAAGCUGAGCGUACCCGAGGAAGGUUCCAUUUCUCGAGCUCUGGACGAAGGUCGCGGCAAGUUGAAAAAAGUGGCACUGCCACUGAUCAUCGCGGCGGCAGUGAAAUUAUUCGCCCUGGUACCCAUCGUUAUUGGAAGUCUCGGCCUGCUGGUGGCGAAGGCACUCUUCGUAGGCAAGAUCGCCCUUCUGGUGGCCGGCGUGUUAGCUUUCCAGAGACUGUUCGGUAACGGCAGCUCCGGCGCGGCGAGCUUCUUCAGUAAGAAUUCAUCGCCAUCCACCGGAUGGGUAGACAGUGGCAGCCAAGGCUGGCCGGCGAACGCCGGGAUCGGUGGCCCGUCUCAGGGUUACUACAAGAGGAGUUUCGAUGCUGAGAACGGAAAGAUCGACGCCCAUUCGAUGGCGUACUCUGCUCAGGCGCCGAUCACGAACGAAGCCCAUUGA